AUGCCACGAACGUUCUAUAGGAGGACUGCGACUCUCUGCGUUUCCGCCGCUGUUGCCACCUUCACCAGGCGUUCUUCCGUGUGGCUGCAAGAACUGUCAUCUCCUGUGAGUGGUUCUGAGCAACUUCUAGCAUGCAUGGACUUUUUAGAUGCACACAAAGGGCAGUGGCGCAUCGAAAGUACAAGUUUUCCGCCACCAGCGAAGUUAGAGAGCGUAGGGAAUGAACCGGGGUUGCAGGUACUUCGGCUAAGCACAACGUACACCGCCGUGUCUAAUGGUGGUCGAGGAGUGCCAGUUCUUCGUCUCAUUGGUUACCUUCCUGGGGUGGCUCCUGAGGAAGUUCACCGCCACAUGACAGAUCUCAAGCUGCGACGGCAAUGGGACCACAAUUACACAAUGUUUUGUCGAUGGGACGACGGCACGCGGAAGUUUAUUGACCCGUUGGGUCUUAUACGGCGCCCCAUGGAGCAUGUGACACGCAAAACUCCGGUUUGUGAGGGUGACAGAUGUCUCUUGUUGCCAGAUGUCACCAGUUGCGUUGUCGACAGCGGUUGGUUUGCCCACAGGGUGGGGAACUCGCUGUUGGAAAAAUUUGGAAUCGCAGAGCGCCUAUUUAUUUAUCAACGUCGUUCCUUGUGUUACACAAAGCAAGGGGGGGCCGACGCCAAUCCGCUGAGAAUGUAUGAUGUCCUCUAUAGUGGAGAUGGCGAGAUGCUAAACCAUGCGCGGACACAGUCUGAGCGGUUUGCCGAGUGGAUGCGGUCAUGCAGCGGAGGGCGGAAGGUUUCUCUUGUUUCUAUGAAUUAUCAACACGUACUUAUCGUCCCUAUUUCUGAUGUCACAGCUCAAGUUUGGAAGCAACCGGAUCGCUUGUCGUUUGGUGGGAGUAUGGUGAGCGAAGAGAACACAAAGGCAGUGUAUAAUCUUUUCAUGGAGACUACCAGUCAUUUCAAAGAAACCCGGAAACUGGACGGGACUCUUGUGGUGAUGACAUCUGCGAACGACGCCAGCAUCCCAAGUCACAUUCCAAUGUGGCUUCAACGAAAACUGACUUCAGUCUUCUCGACCUACGUGUAUCAGCAACUCCUCGAAGCGAUACUGUCGAAAAGAAGGGAUCUAAACAGUGAGGGUAAGUUCUAG